AACGGCGCAUCAGUCUCACUUUAGGCCCCUUCGGAUCGAGAUCGUUGAAGUAGUCGAACCGGUCCUCUUCAUUCGAAAGCUCGUGGACAUUGAAUCAUUUCUCCCGCUGGAAGUGCGGCUGCGUGGAAGUGAAGUGCACGAGCUGUAUGCUCUGAAGUGAAACCACAGAGUGAAAAGUGUGAUCGUUGAAGACAAAGAAGAGCGAAAUUUCCAAGAAGUGAAAUUCACCCAACGAAUCAGUUGAGAGGAUGAAAAGCUUUCCUCUUAUCUCGCUAGUGCUCUUGCUGUCGAUACUCGUCUCUUCGAGAUGUUUCGACUUCUUCGGCGGGGACACAUUCAGACGAUCGCAUUUCGAUGACGAAUUCGCGAAUUGGCGAAAAGAAAGUCUCAAGCCAUUCAUCAGGGGCGAAGGCAGUGCAUUCGGCUUUGUAUGGCCAUUUAGUAACGAUGACGAUGAACCGAUUUCCAGGGAAGCGACCGAGUUCGAUCAGCAAGAAGCCGACAACAAUCAAUCCGGGCUGCGGGUGGUCGGACUUGAACGGGAUCGAGAAUCGCUAGAAUCCGAUGUGGAACGACUACCCGUGCCGUUUGGCUCCCCCGACUCUCCGGAAAUCGAUCGGCAGCCACUACCGGUUAGACCCUACAAACCGCAACGACCCCCUCUAGAUACGAGUUCGCUCUUCCAGCACCACUUCGACACCUUCUUCGGUGCACCGGAUACAAGCUUCCUGGGAGGGGGCUUCCCCGGCUUCGGAUUCUUCGAUCUGCAACACAGCAAACCAUGGUGGAAGGGCGAAAACGUAUGCAUGGAGCGCGAAGAGCAGGACGAGGAAGUCGACGGUGACGACAACCAAGAGAUAGCCGUAGACGGCGGUAACUUCCAAAGUUUCGGCGUGUUCAACCUGAACUUUGAAUCGUGCGCUGAGCGUCAAAAUAAACACGUCUGCACAUCGGUCAAGAAUGAUAAUGGACGCAAGCGCACGGUUAAGGUCACCCGCCAGUGCUGUCACGGCUAUGCUCGGGCGAGAAAUGGGCCGCCGAAUACUCAGUGCGAAAAGGUGGAUCUUCACCCGAUCGCAGAAACGGCGGAGCGGCUCGGUGCUAAGGAGUUUGUCGGUACUUUGAAGAAGUCUGGUUUGGAGUCCAUGUUGGAGAAAGACGUCACACUUUUCGCCGUGCUGGAUAGUGCGUACAGUCAAUUCACUGAGCAGAUGUGGGAAAAUAAUCUGGUUGCUUUCGAUCCCGUAAUGCGUUCAAAGAGACAAGCUGACAUCUCCGGAAUGACUGCUCGCGAUUUAAUUUUGGCCCAUACCGUUAACGGAUCUUACCACAUCGAGGACGUUAGCAAUGAACAACUGCUGAAAACCGAACUCGACGGUACCAAUAUUCGCGUGAACAUUUUCCCACGGGGACCAUCGGAUAAAAGCUCGGAUCAUCUGUACCGUUACACUGCUAACUGCGCUCCGCUGGUGAAGCUCAACCAUGUUUCCGAGAAGGGCAUUGUCCACGUUGUGGAUCGCGUUCUGCUACCGGUUCGCAAUAACGUAAUGCAGGUCAUCCGUUCCCGUGACGAUAUGACCGUACUGAGAACCAUCCUCGAGAAAACCGGUCUGAGCAAAAUGCUCGAGGAGGUAGGCGAUGAUAAGCAUUUCACUGUGUUCGCUCCGAACGAUGACGCUUUCCUGAAGCUGGACAAAGACAUUCGCCGCAAGUUGAAGGCCGGCAGCGGAUGUGCCACCAAUAUCCUAAAAAAUCACAUCUUAGACAUCACCUUCUGUUCCUUGGCUGCCGUUAACGGAGUAAAGACAACGACUUACAACAUGCUGAGCGAAAAGCUGGAGUUCGAAUAUGCAUCAAUGGCAAAAACAGAAGUGGAAGAUAUGUCCUUGACCAGCAAAAAGGAUCAACGCCUCAAGAUCAACGGAAUUGCAACGGUCGGAGAAAUGGACCUGAUGGGUACGAACGGAGUUGUGCAUGUCAUCGAUACUGUGCUGCCCACGGAUUCCGGUAUGCCCAUUUCCAACACGCUUGCCAAUCGCAAUUUCACCAUUUUCAAGCAACUGAUCGAUGAUGCCGGACUAGAGGAUGAAUUUGACAGUUUUUCGAAUAAGACAUUCUUCAUUCCCUCGGACAAAGCUUUCGAGCAAUCCGAGACUGGACAGUACUGGAUCAAGCAGCUUAAGGAGCACCCGGAAAGCCUGCGGGAUAAUGCUCAACUGAAAGAGUUUUUGGAAUACCACGUGGCCGAGCCGUUGAUUAAGACUUGCGAUCUUCAGGAGAAUAUGGUUAAAACAAGUGCCAAGAAGGAUCUACGUGUCAACUUGUACAAUACGAAUCCCGUGUUUACCAAUAUUAUGAACCGUGCAACUGUCAAUUGUGCUCGUCUUAUGCACUUUGACGAUGAAACUUGUGGAUCUGUAGUACAUGAAGUUGACAAAAUUCUUGAAGUUCCAAAAUCGGAUCUAAUUGGAGAACUCAGGUCUAACCCCGACUACAGCAUGUUCUUGCAGCUGAUCGAGAAAGCGAAUCUCACCGAACUGCUCAGCACAUCUAAUGAAAGCUAUACCGUAUUCGUUCCGAAAAAUGACGUAUUCCUAGAAGUGAAGGAAUGGUUCGAUGAAACAAUGAAAAAUGCUGAUGAUCUCGACAACGUUAUUCGAUCGCACAUCGUCCCGAAUGUAGUUUGCUGCGCUGGAAUUGUUCAGUCGGAUUGGCCAUUCAUUCGCACAACGGAAACCAUCAAUCAGCAGCGCCUGAAAUUGAACCGCAAUCGUCGCCCUCAGGUGCAGAACGCGGGCAUAACGAAGUGUGACAUUGUCGCCACGAAUGGAAUUAUGCAUGAGAUUAACGACGUCAUCAGUGUUCAGAAGAAGGUGCUCGCUGAGGCACAGAGUUUCCCCAGCUUUACCCGGCCACUCACAUUUUGGUUCAAGUGAGCAAAUGAAGAAACAAAAUCUCGCAACAAAAUGCACUGAAUCUAAUUUUUAGGAACUAAUUUAAUGCCUUGGUAUUUUAUGAACACAAUGAUAAUAUGCUUGUUAAUUAUUUCAACAAGUGUACGAUACUGUACAUCGAAUCAAUCUCUGUAAGUUUCUCUAAGAUCUAAUAAAGUAUCUAUUUAUAUCGAAAA